CAAUUCAAUAUCAAGCAAUGGGCUCAUCAUUGGCGGCUUCAGCUAGCUCAGACUCGGUUGGUGGUAGAAUUCACCAGCAUAUUGUCUCUCCAACUAUGCCACCAUCCGCGUACGAUGUAUCGUAUCCUAAGUCACAUUCUUUGUCGGAAUUGGGGAAUCACAGUCGAGUCGAGCCAAUACAGAGAGACUCGGUGUACGGCAAUGGAUUCAUCGAUGAGAUUUACAGCACGCCCUAUAACCUACAUUCAAGCGCUUCUGGUACCAUGGCUGAGUAUUACAGCCCUUUGGGAGGCGGCAGGACAUGGAAUUCUGUACCAGCACCAGCAAUGACGGCUGAGUUGGAACAGUCACAGAAUGCAAUCUUCUACACUACUGACGUCCCAUCUUUCUAUUCAACCGCCAAUACGCUCUCUUCUGAAGAUCUUACCGGAAAUCGCCUCCUACCAGUGCCAACAAGUAGUGGCCCGCCAUCCGGUCAUGGUAGUAGCACAACGUCAAAUUUCAGAGACGCUGAAGGGACAACUUCUGGACAGGCUUUUAUGACAGGAGUAGACACUGGAAAUGUGUAUUUCUCUGGACUAAAAAGUUUAAGCUCCUCCAGAGCCAAGUCCAUUUCUACAUCCAUUCCAUUUUCAAGUAUGUAUGACACCAGUGGCAUGUUAUCUCGCGAAGAGAAACCCGAAGUUCAUAGUCCCAGCCAGAACUUGAUGAGAUACUCAGGAAUCACCGAUAGUGCUUUAACGAUGGCCCCAGCAACGUCCUUCCCGCGAUCCGGUACUGCAGACUCGAGUGACUUAGAAGAUCCCCUGAUUAUGUCUAUGAACGGAAUCAAAGGUUCCCAGGAUGAUGGUUAUAACAAAACCAGCAAGUCGCCGGUUUAUGGAUACAGGCUGCGAGACCGCCAUGAUGAAUAUGUGACGCGGUCAGAUUCGGGGUCAUAUAGUCAUACUAGGACCUUUCUUCACUCUUUAUCCAAUGUCCGUGGUUUGUCCUUGAGUCAUCAGGGUUAUUAAUUCAAGUGUUUUGACGCUGACUCUCAUGUGUAUAUCUUUGUUUGGGCGGUAGUUUAUCUACCAUGUGCUCAUACGUGGAUAGCUCGAUUUUACUGUCUUAUUUUCUCUUUUCCUUCAUACUUUCUUUGUUUCACUUGAAUCGCGGUUAGUUCAUCUACUCUGAAGUUAUUCUAGAAUUUUAUAAUCGGUUUU